AUGUACAUCCAGCGGCGAGCCAGCGACGACGCCGGCAGCGAGUCCAACCUCUACUUUGUACGUAUCUUCUCUUCGAUCAAUCAAUCAAUCAAUCAAUCAAUCAGCCGACGAGAGACACUGUCUAACAGCCUGCAGGUCGCCAUCAUCGUCCUCGCGCUCGUCGUGGCCUUCAUCACCGCGUUCUUCGUCCUGCGUCACCUCCGCCGCCGCGACUACCAGCCCCGAUUCAUCCCAGGCCGCUACCUCAAGGGCCUCUGGCAGCGAUGGACUCCGGGCACAUCGUCAUCAUCCUACAACGCCGUGCCCAACGGGACAAACAGACGGCUGGCCCAUGAAGCCCUUAAUGGAGCAGACGAUGGCCAGCAGGGCCAGCACCAGGCUGCCGUCGACCGCAACACCUCCGUCCGCUCCGUCAUGACUCUGCCAUCCUACACCCUCACCCCCAAGGCCAGCGAGCGCGUGAUAGCCCGUGAAGGCGAGCGAGACGGCAUGGACGUCGUCAUCGAGUUCCCCGAGACCGCCGAGGAGGAGGAAGCCAACCGUGAGGAGCAGAUGGAGUCCCUGUAUCAGAUCCGUCUGGCGCGGCGGCGAGAGAUAGCGGAGCGCGAGGAGCUCCGGCAGCAGCGUCGAGAGGCCCGCGAGAGAGGCGACUGGGCCCGGCUGGAGGAGCUGCGCAGGGAGAGCCGCGCGAGGGCUGAGGCAGGCCGGCUGGUCUCUUCAGCGGACGGCGGUGCGUCUCCCAACGGCAGCGCAGCGAAUGUCUCUGCCGCCGUGCUGCUGGCCGAACACCAGUCUCGCAACCGGGGCAGGAGGGUGUCGAGCGUCUCCUACGCUGAUAUCGGGCAUGUCAGACACGACGGGACGAGACUCACGUCUGGCUCUCACUCGCCGGACUCGGACUCGCGGGCCCUGCUGGACUCUGCGGCGGGCAUGGGGAUGAUGGGCCACUCGCAUCAGCGCACCACAUCGGCCUCUUCGUUGCUCUCGCAGACCUCUGUACACUCGGACGUUUCCUCCCUGGGCACCGCGGGACCAGAUUUGGGCAUCAAUUCCAUUCCACCGCCGUAUGACGAUGCUAUCAGUGAGACGGGCACUGCUAAUGGUACUGCUAAUGGCUGGGGGGAUGCACCCCCGUAUCAGCCAACACCUCCCAAUGAAACGGCCAGCAUAGUCACUCAGGAAACAGACAGAGAAAGAGAAGCAGCUGAGCCUGAAGGAAGACCCCCCGAGCAGCCUCCUCGUCUGCCGCCGCUGUCUACCUUGCCCAGCAUCGCCAUAGAAGUGGCCACGCCUACGACGAGUGCGCCCCCGACCCCUAUAUCCCAUCUCCAGGCCCCUUCGCCCGUCCACACCCCGACCUCUGCUCCCAGGUAG